AUACAUAAUAUGGAGUUGCAGUCGCUGCCGACAUCUUCAAGUCGCAUACUAUACGACGUGCCGUGCGCGGUCUGCCGCGACCACUCCUCCGGCAAGCACUACGGGGUUUUCGCGUGCGACGGCUGCGCGGGCUUCUUCAAGCGGUCUGUGCGGCGCGCGCGCAGCUACGCUUGCAAGGCUCGCGCGCCCGGAGCCUGUCUCGUGGACAAGGCUCAUCGCAACCAGUGCCGCGCCUGCCGCCUCGCCAAGUGCCUCAAUGCUGGGAUGAAUAAAGAUGCCGUCCAACACGAGAGAGGCCCGCGGAACUCAACAAUCAGACGGCAAAUGGCGCUGUUCUUGAAAGACCCGGCGAUGCCCUCACAAGACCUGGGCGCGCCCGGAGCCCCGCCGGCCGCCAUCGACCUCGCGGGGCCUAAGCAUACGCUGUUACCACCCGCGCUGACUCUCUAUGACCCCUACGCUUACAGCCGCCUCACCCUGCUGACCCCGCCGCCCGCGCCCUGCCUGCCCCCGCUGGCGCCCGCGCUGCCCCCUGGCGACCCCGAGGCCAUGUGCGAGGCAGCCGCAAGACUCCUCUUCAUGAACGUCAAAUGGGCUAAAAGCGUGCCCGCCUUCAUGUCGCUAUCACUGCCCGACCGACUGUUGCUGCUGGAGGAGUCGUGGAGGGAUCUGUUCGUGAUUGGCGCCGCGCAGUUCCUAUACCCAAUGGACGUGAAGAUCCUGGUGCGGGGGAAGGGCAGGCUGGAGGGGGGUGAGGUGGAGGCGUUCGAGCGAGCUGUGGAGGAGACGGCGGGGUUGAGGCUGGACAGCAACGAGUUCUCGUGCCUGCGCGCGCUGGCGCUGUUCCGGGCGAGCGCGGGGGCCGCGGGGGGUGUGGGGGGCGCGGGGGAGGCGCGGCGGCUGCGGGAUGUGCCGGCUGUGGCUGCGCUGCAGGAGCACUCGCAGCUCGUGCUUACUGAGUACACACAGCGUUCCUACCCCCGCGAGCCGGACCGCUGCUCCCGGCUUCUCCAACUGCUGCCACUCGCCAGGCGGGUGGACCCAGCCACCAUCGAGGAGUUGUUCUUUCGAGCCACCAUCGGAGACAUUCCUCUGCAGCGCAUCAUCAGUGAUAUGUGUCGGGGCGGCGCGUCGGAUCCGCUAUAGCGAGAGAGCGUAGUUGGGGAAAGAAGCGACGCCAUUUUGUUUUCAUUCUGUAAUACGGAGAUAAGUAAUAUCUUUUUGAUGAAUCUGAUGUGAUUUAUUACUAUCAUUACAUGGUUCAUCUUUAUAUUGAAUCGAAUCAUUGCGAUUAGAUCUUUUUAUGAAUUUCAGGACCCCUAAAAGGUCUUCUUAAAAUAAUGUUGGGAAGGUCUUCUGCUUAUUAGUAUGUUUACAAUCAGCACUACUACUACUUAUAAUAACUUAAAUUUUGAUGCUAAAUAGCUAGUCAUAAUACUUAGAUUGUAAAAAAUAUAUGUAAAUACGUAAUAUAAUAUAAAUGUACAUACCCAUUAUUUAAUACACGUCAUAAUUAUAGAGAAAGUAGAGAAACACUUUAUGACGAGGUACUUACAUACAUUGUUCUCAAUAUAAACUGCAUCUACAAAACGUUUAUCAUUGUACACGGCAAAAAUUACACGAUUCUUUAUUGUCAUUUUAGAACUAAGGACGCAGCCUAAAUAUGUAAAUAUUAUUGUGUA